AUGGCGCCUGGGCCACGCCCGAGUUCGGCCGUGCGUGUCGGCAUGCGCAGCCUCGUCCAAGCUAGAGGAGCAGGAGACGCCGCCACCGCUCACCUGCGAUGUGGUGAGGAACCACAGCACGGGCCUGAGUUCUCGCUGGUUAUCUUCCUCCCGGACGAGCAUAACGGGCUUGACAGCGUAGAGGCUAAGCUGAACACCGUCACAGCCUUGCAGUGUCUUGGCGAGCUGCGACCACGGGACGAAAUAAAUGUGAGCCUGCCCUUUUUCAAGGUCAAGCAGGUCACCGAACUAGCCCCGGCCCUGUCGGCGCUGGGUGUUCGAGACGUGUUCAGUGAUCGGGCCCUGCUUUGGGGCUCGAAGGCGGGCGAGAAACGCGUGUCGAUGAUUCGCCAUGCCGCCGCCUUCGAGACGGCAAGGACUGGAGGCCGCAGCCACUCGCACUCGACGAUGCAGGCGGGCCAGCUUGGUACGGCGCUCGUACAAGGACUUACCUCCCUUGUAAAGAGCCCGCAGCACGGAGAUGAGUUCGUCGUGAACCGGCCAUUUCUCUUCUUUCUAAUCUGCACCAACCCGGACACUCUGAUACUGCUUGGGUCUGUGCGCAAGAUCACCUGGUGAUUUCUUUUUGCCGGAAUGAUUACCCCUUAUGUUUUGGUAUACUUAUUGCUUUCUGAUUUGAUUUUGUUUAUUAGUUCUCUUCAAUUUUACCUGUCUUACUCCUAAUAUGUAUUAGUUUUAGUUCCAGACAACAAACCAUGCGCAGUCCUAGCUUUUUGUGGCUCUCUUCUGCAUAAUGUGCCAUCUGCAUUGUUCAAGUAUCUGAUGCAUACUGUGUUCAUAAUUUGGCGUUUCUCAAGUGCAGUUAUUGAAACUUUACGUGCAUCUUAUGCUCUAACAACUUAUUCUCAACGUAUGGAAAGCCUGCAGAUAUUUCUGAACAUCUGUUUUGUUAGAAAAGCGAACCAUUAGCCAUACUAGCCCGGAAUUCUUUAAGAGUCAGCUACAGAAUGCAGGUUAUUGCUGAGUCUUGCACUGAAUCCCACCUAAAGCACUCAGUGAUUUAAGUAGACGAAAUAGCACUACACAAUAAGGGUGAACGGACACUGAUGAGUGUGCUUUUAUAUGUACGGAGAAACAUGGCGCACAUGCGACGCCGUGUAAACGCGCUACGAAUUUUAAAAUUGCCAUUAGUGGUGUAAUCGUUCUAUAGGAGUGUGAAUAAAGCAAGCUCAUGAUUAAAGCAAAUAUUUGCGAGAACUGCAUGUUGCCAUUGUAACAGAUUGAGAUGCGUCGAAUGACACGCAUUUUAAUUUCCUAGAAAGCGCGCAUGAACGCUAUAGAAGCAGAUUCGGCAGUUCUUGCAGCAGGGGCGACCACGUCAAUCAGAGGUGGCUGCGUUCACCAAGGCACGCUUCACUACAACGCACAAAGAAUAAGCGUCGACGCGAGGGAAGCCAGUAUUUAGCUCCAG